GCGCGAUGUUUCGGCGCGAAUUUUUUAAAAGUUUGGGCGCGCUUUUCUCAUUAACGAAACCUUCAUCAACGCUUCUUUCCUACGCGCAAGGAACAAAGACGUGUAAAAUGGCUUUGGUGACAAUUCCAGGCAUGGAAGUCCAUGGCGUAACGAAUAUAAAAGGUCAAAUUCAGGUAAUGUGAUGUUCAAGAUGGCGACUUUAGUAAUCUUAUUUGUGCAACCUGAAAUUUACACGCUUGCCCUUUGUCUUCUUAUCUUGAUUGUAGGUUAUCUUUGGUCCAAUGUUUUCCGGAAAAACGUAAGCUUCGUUCUUGCCAUUUUAUAAUGAAAUGUGUGGCUUAUUAGUUGAUAAAUCCGUGUCUUUGUAAAGGCCCAUAGCUUUGGCUAUUGUGUUACUUCAAUGUAAAGGUAAGCUUAUGUUAGGCGUUCAUCGUUUAUUCAUCUUCUUUCAUUCAGAACUGAACUGCUGAGAAGAAUUAAGCGAUACCAAGUCGCAAACCAUUCGUGUAUGGUGAUUAAAUACGAAAAAGACAACCGCUACGAAGCUGAUGGGGUAGCCACACACGAUAGGUGAGAAAAGAGAACUGCUUAUAUGUAAUAGAUGGCGAAUAUCAUGCGAGACUCGUGCGGGGCUCACAAGAGAGAGAGACGUCUAUUAGGGUGAUGCUCUAAUCAAAUGCAAUUUGCUUCCUCAGUGGAUUUCUGGGUAUCAAGUGAAAAACAUAAUCCAAUUUUUUUAAUAUUCUAUAAAGCCCACGUUUUCUGUGUUCAAAUAUGAGAACAAUAACUUUAUAACUUUAUUAUGCAUCAGUCAAUUCCAGCUGCGCCCAAUCUGCCUUUUUUCCAGUAAAACCUUCUGUGUAGUUGUAUUCUGAUACGAAACUGUGUGCGUGUCAAAAGCGCAGGAAUUGCCCCGGGGCUGGCAAAUGCCUGGUCCCCAGGCAGUGCAAAAUUUGCAAAUGCCCCACCCCUGGGACUGACAAGGUGGGCAAAUGUCCCGCAGUAGCUGGGGGGGGGGGUGGCUGGGCACAGCUGGAAUUCACUGAUGCAUUAUUCCAUCGUUCAUAUAGGUACAGACUCAGUAAAGCCAAAGCUGGGGGCUUAUUCGGCCUGUGGUCCGAAUGAGGGAAAUUAUUUUACAGAGAGAAGAAGACUGUAUGCUAAAUUACGAAAACUGAAACAAGAUACACACCUAACAUUAAGUAAGCUUACAUGCAUGCAGUCCUGUAACAGAGACAAAACUAUUGACAAAUAAACUAACAAUAAACCUAUGAGAAUCCUGCACUUUUUAAAGUUAGUGGCAGUAAGGCUGUUAUGGACAGUCAAGGGGAUAUCAUUCUAAACAAUUGGGGGUUGAGAACUAAUAGCAAAUUCAUACAUGAGGGACAUUUUAUGCAAGUUAAAACGAGAACGAGUGAGAUAAUCAUGAAAAUCAUGAUUAAAGUGGAGGAGCGAGGAAUGAGAGACAGGUAGAAGGUGAUUAAAAUGUGAGAAAACAAAACAAGAAACAUGGAAUUUAUAGAGUGAAUAAAGAACAAUGUGAGAACCAAGCUGAAUGUGUCCCUUCAUGCCUCCUUUACCUGACCACAUCUACUGCACAUUAGUUGCAAAAAGUGGUUAAAAAAAAUCUGGAAAAAUUGCAUCAUUAAUGCCACAAAUGUGUGUCAUUUUCAUUGCAGACAAACCCUUAGAGCAUCUGCUUGCUCCGUUUUAGCCCAUAUCAAACAAAAAGCUAUGGAUUAUUCUGUUCUAGGAAUUGAUGAAGGCCAAUUUGUAAGUUAUUACAUUGUGUUGUCCAAUAUUUUAUGUCCACCAACCAUUUUAUAAAAGGGUGAUUUUGAAAAAGUUAAGUUUGGAGCACUGACAUCUAAAACUGAGAUGGGUGCCCUUAAUAGUUAGCACUCACUAUUGCAAAGAUCUUGGAGAAAAAUAAGAGACUAUAAACAGUCUGUCUCCAUUACUAGGACAAACAACCACUUGAAAUUUCUAACCUUUUUGCACCUUGAUUUAUUUGACCUGAGUAAAAUAUGCUUGCUGAUGCUUAAUGAGUAAAGGAUCUUACAAUCUGUGAUUACAUAAGUCAUUAAGAGUGUGCAAUCAUCAGUGCAUCAGUUCAAUAACAAUUGAAUAGGGUUUCACAGUAUAUCCUAUGUAGCUGAUCUUUUAAAAUGCUUGUUGGGUGAAAAACCUAUAGUACACUGCAGGUUACUUCUCUUGUCGGGAGAACGUUACUUCAACUCAGUCACUGGGCUAGAAGCAUGGUCAAAAGGCCCACCCUAAGCUUGUUGAUUAUUUUAAGAACAAGAAGUUCAGCCCUUUAUUAAAACACCUCACCAACACUUGUACCCUGCUCCUGAAAUUUCUGAAUAUCUCAAAUCCUGGGUGCUGAACACAGUACUUGGAAGAAGUCAAAUCACAGACUAGGCCUGAGGAACACCUUGAUCGAUUACAUUACAUAACACAAUGUUUCUACUCUUAAUUAAGUUUCCAGACAUUGUAGAGUUCUCAGAAGAAAUGGCAAGUCUUGGAAAAAUUGUUAUAAUUGCUGCAUUGGAUGGCACCUUCCAAAGAAAGGUUGUAAUAAUAUUAUUAGAUUGAUGGCUACGUGCAUUUAGGUGUUUGACUGUUUACACUGAACCAAGCUGUUGUAUAAAGAUUUGGACUCCUACCUGUUCAAAAAUUGGAACGCUAAAAUCAAGGUCAAAUUUUAAGCUGGUUUAAAACUGGUAAAAAAAUUGAUCGGCGUGUUGUAAAUACCUUCACCAUCUAAUUGAAAGUUUUGGAUGUAUGGUAACUCAGAUGGGAGAUGUAAUUUUGGAAUUGUUAAGUCAAGCGCUAAUUAGCCUGCGUUGCAGACUGUCUUUAAAUCCCUGAUAUGCUACGUUGUCUAUCUGGGUCUCAAGUGACUAGUCUGGCUGCAAAGCAGGCUAAGUAGUAGUGCCCUGUGUAGGGGGUAAAUCCUGACAAUAUCCAAAUUUCAUCAACAGGAAGGUUAUGAGAACUAAUAAAAUGACCCAAAACAGGAAAAAAUACUUUUGGUUCUAUCAAACGCCCUCAACUAAAUGUAAUUCAUAGGGUUAUACAUAGAGACCACCAGUGAUUUUGUUACCCUGUUUCCUUCGUCCCUGACACAUAAAAAUCCCUAAAGAUGCAAAAUAAUUUAUGGCAUGCGUCCUGUAGGAUGCAAAGAUCGAUUGAUCGAUCUGAACAUGUGUAUAUGGAGAAAUAUCUGGCCUGUUCGUGUAGUUUCUGUGGAAGUUAUUAUGGCUGUUGUUUAACGAUGAAUAUUUCUUUUAGCCUUUGUGGUGCUUUAGAAUAGAAGGACUAUAUUUUAAUUUCAGUAUACUGUAUUACAGAGUUAAAUUUGGAGUCUGUCUUCAGAUUAACUGUCUGGUUACAUAAAGACCCAAGCAUUUUCAAUUUCAGACUCCUUUUUUUAACCAUGACUCAUUGGUUCUCAUGCCCAGGACUGGGACUCAUCAUUUUUCACAAGAUGAUCGAGUCCCAGGACUCACCAUAACUAUAUUUGCAACAAAAUGACUGAGAUCAGUCUGGAGAAAUUGUUUGCGGAUAUUGGGGCUUAAAGGUAACUUGAUUAGCCUCUGUAAAGAGAUUCAAAAGCUGAUGUUUCAAGCGCUACAAGUCUAUCAUCUUAGUAACAAUUUGCUCCAAUGAAGGGCUGACACCUCACCGCAUUGUGAUAUCACCAGUUCUUGCUUUUCUGAUAGAGCCUUGCUGAGAUUAGUUUUUACAAAAAAUGCCUUCAAAUUCUAGGCUCAUUAAAGUAAGUUCUUGCAAUAUUUUUAGUUUAAUGGCAGUAUUGUUUUUAAUCUUUGUAGGCAUUUGGAGGAGUAUUGAAUCUUGUUCCCUUAGCUGAAAGUGUUGUCAAACUCAAUGCAGUUUGUAUGCAUUGCUAUCAGGAUGCUGCCUUUACAAAAAGACUGGGAUCAGAAAAAAUGGUGGGAACAAUAAACUUACUGUAAAAACCUGCGUGUAUAUAUAAGGACCCCAUGGUGGUUUAAGAACCAGCAGGCAGAAAUUUGCCCUUUUAAUAACCAAAAAUAUAAGGCUGCCUGUUAACCUGUGGGUUACAGUUAAAUUCUGAUUUAUACAUUUAACGCAAGGAGUUUUACAUUGAGAUUUCAAUUUUAUGUUCCCAGAAAAUAACUUUAUUUAUUAACUUUAAUCAGUAUAUAUUUUUUCAUUAACUCUUGUCUUUGAGAUAACACUACACACAUUCUUAAUCACUUUUUUGAUUAAUAUGGGACAUGUGAGCACCACGAAACUCAAGUCUACUUAUUUCUCUGGUAGUUAACAAUCUCCUUAACCCUUUAAGACCCAAUAGUGACAGACAACAAUUUUCUCCUAACAAUAUCCAUACACUGUCAAGAGAUAAAGUUGUGAGAAUUGAUAAAAUGAUCAUCACAGAGAAAAUUCCAUGACCUUUUAUCAAAUUCUCUCAACUAAUUCUUAAAGGAGAUGUAUGGAGAUCAGUUUGGAGAAUUUGUCGGUGGAUAUUGGGGCUUAAAAGGGUUAAUAGAAAUUAAGAACCUAAUUAACAACCUAUUUGGACUAAAUUUGUAAUAACUACCCUAAAAUGAAAGAACCAUAAGGUGCGCAGUCCAGUGACAUUUUCCAUUCUUGCAUGCAUGUAGUAUUUUUUCCAGUUAUUCUACCGACCAUAAAAUUGCACUAUUGGGAAUUUAAAACAUAAAAUUUGGGAUACCCACUAUUUGUCUCACAUGUAUUUUUAGAGUUGUCCAAAAUUUUGGCACAAGAUAGGUCGGUAGACAUGACCCUGAGCUGUAAAGAGCCUAUUUUUGUAUUACAAAUCUUGCUAUGCUUGGACCUGCCACCUUUAGCCUCAGAAUUAAUCAAACACCUGUAAUGUGCAAGAUUUGCCCUCAAAUUGUAGAUCAAAGACUUUGAAGUUUUAACUGUGUUUUUCUUUUAAUCCACAGUGAUUCAGAGAGUACGGGAGGUGUACCAUAGUUGAUUCUUUUAUGUUAGCAAAUUUAUUGUGGGCCUCCCUCUUUUUUCACCCUGAACCAAUCUUAGCGGUAGCGCACUUGCUAACAAUAUUUUUUACAUCUUUCAUUUUAUUUCAGGUUGAAGUUAUAGGUGGGGCUGAUAAAUACAUGGCAGUGUGUAGAGAUUGUUACCAUUUUUCUUCUGUCCAUGAAGUGCUUUCAGGUGCUCCAGUUAAAAAUGGCUUUUAUUAGA